CAUUUGGCCCAUGUUGCUAUGAGUUGGGCUGGGCAGUUGCACAUUCUCACAGCCCGUACCGGGCGUCGUGCGACUGCGAGCUGCCAGCGUGGCGGGGAUGGCUGCGGCGGCCGGCGGCGGCGGAGGAGGCGGAGCUAAAGCGGCGGUGGCAGAGCAGAUAGCGCAGGCGGUGCGAUCCACCUCCAACCUCCUCCAGCUCAUGGAGCAGUCCUCCCCCGCGCAGGUUCACUUGGCCAAACUUCCCAAGAAUCUCUUGGCAAAAGCAUCAUUUGCAAAGAACACAGAGCAGGUGCUACACCAACUUCCUCAAGUAAUUUCUUCCUUGGAUGCUUAUAUGGAUAGGAGUUUGCAAAGGCCUCAGAAAGGGGUCACUUCACUUUUGCUCACAGCAAUACAAGUUCCAAAAAUCAUUCCCCUAGAAGUGCAUCGCAAAUUAAGACUGUCACACAGCUCUUGUCCAACAUGGAGAACACUCAGCUGAGAUCCAUCUUGCCUUCCUCUCAGAUGAAGAAAGGUAUCAAGAAUACUGAACCUGAAGAACUCAGGGUUGAAUGACAUGUUCGCGGAGACGUAACCGGAGCCUUGUUUUCUCUGUCAUUCUGAUGAAGUUUGGGUACCUCGUUUUGGAGGUGACUUUAGAAGUAACUGGCAAAAGGAUACAUUGCCGCUUACUGUUUGUUCAUUUGCUCAAUUCGGCUCAGCAAUGGUGUAACUACUCUUCAGGUGCCAUGUGUUUGCUGCGCUUUCUGGGUCUCUAGGCUGUAGCAAUCAUGUUUUCAUGUAAUUGUAUUAAUUGCUUUUAGCAGAAAAUUAAGUUGUAUAUUGAACUCCCCUUUCAGGAUUAAGAAAUUAAGCGAUGAAAUGUUUACUGUGGCA